AAAAGGUACGUUGUCCCGGAUGUACUUUCAUCUGGCUGCAGUGGAAGUGUUGUGGUCUUCGGAAUUUAAACACGCGUCGGUCAUUGAACCUUUUUUAGCAGUGCGUAAGUGAGUUGCCGGUGGAACCUUUGUAUUCCUGCACGCAACUGAGUUACUUAUAAGUUACUUUUGUUUUAUUUACGUAAUUGAUACGACUAUAACAGAAUCAUGUCGGUCGUACCGCCCAACCGAUCGUCAACCGGUUGGCCCCGUGGAGUAAACCAGUUCGGAAACAAAUACAUUAGCCCGCCCACCAAACCGCUCACCCUGGAGAGAACCAUCAACUUGUACCCCCUAACGAACUACACUUUCGGCACGAAGGAGCCUUUGUACGAGAAAGAUAGCUCAGUGGCAGCGCGGUUCCAGCGGAUGCGCGAGGAGUUCGAGAAGAUUGGAAUGAGACGGACAGUUGAGGGAGUUCUCAUCGUACACGAGCACAGGCUGCCCCACGUAUUACUCUUGCAGCUCGGGACCACAUUCUUCAAACUUCCCGGAGGAGAGCUAAACCCAGGAGAGGAUGAAGUUGAAGGUCUGAAGCGAUUGAUGACAGAGAUUCUAGGCCGUCAGGACGGGGUGAAGCAGGACUGGGUGAUUGAUGACUGCAUCGGGAACUGGUGGCGCCCAAACUUUGAACCCCCACAGUACCCCUACAUUCCAGCUCACAUCACCAAACCCAAAGAACACAAAAAGCUCUUCCUGGUUCAGCUGCAGGAGAAAGCUUUGUUUGCAGUCCCGAAGAAUUACAAGUUGGUGGCAGCUCCCCUGUUUGAGCUUUAUGACAAUGCCCCGGGAUAUGGACCAAUCAUUUCCAGUCUCCCACAGCUGCUGAGCAGGUUCAACUUUAUUUACAACUGAGGAGGCUGAGCAUUCACACCCUGUUACUGGCUGUCUCUGUGAGUGCAGCCUGGUUGGAACAAAGCUUGGAGACCUCGAGAAGGCAAAUCGUGUGACACCACCUUCAACAUCAACUUUUCACAGACCUAUUUCAAGAAGCUAGGUGUACUUUAAAAAAAAAACAAAAAAAAAAACAUGUUAACUGUCAUGAAUAAUGAAGAAAUUUUUUCUGUGGAAACAUUCGUUGCUUGUGUUUGUUUUAAGUUGGAAUUAUUUUGGAAUGCAUACCACUGUGUGUGGCAUUAAACCUGAAACAUCAGACUUAACAUUAUUUUUAUGUUUCAUCAGAAAUUAAUAGAUGUUUUAGUAAAUAAACAAGAGUUUAGUUUUGUGUAGUGUUUUAACCUGUAAAUUUCAAUGUCACCCUUUUUUAAAUAAUAAAUCGGUCUUCUCAUA